AUGGCGAGUCAGAAAGUUUUUCCACUUUCCUGUGUGGUGCAGCAGUAUGCCUGGGGGAAGUUGGGGUCCAGCAGCGAAGUGGCCCUACUGCUGGCUAGCAGUGACCCACAGGUCCAGAUCUCAGAGGACAAGCCAUAUGCAGAGCUGUGGAUGGGGACCCACCCUCGGGGGAAUGCCAAGAUCCUUGACAAUCGCAUCUCACAGAAGACCCUAGGCCAGUGGAUUGCGGAUAACCCUGACUCUUUGGGAUCAAAGGUCAAGGACACUUUCAAUGGCCAGCUGCCUUUUCUCUUCAAAGUACUCUCAGUUAAAACAGCUUUGUCCAUCCAGGCACACCCUAACAAGGAGCUGGCAGAGAAGCUACACCUUCAGGCUCCGGAACACUACCCAGAUGCCAACCACAAACCUGAGAUGGCCAUUGCCCUCACCCCUUUCCAGGGCUUGUGUGGCUUCCGGCCAGUUGAGGAGACUGUGGCCUUUCUGAAUAAGGUACCUGAGUUCCAGGUUUUGAUUGGAGAGGAUGCAGCAACCCAUCUACAGCAGAGCAUGAACCACGGCUCCCAAGCAGUGGCCUCAGCCCUGCGGAACUGCUUCUCCCACCUGAUGAAGAGUGAGAAGAAGGUGGUAGUGGAGCAGCUCAACCUGUUGGUGAAGCGGAUCUCACAGCAAGUGGCUGCUGGAAACAACAUGGAGGACAUCAAUGGACAGCUCUUGCUGGAGCUGCACCAGCAGUACCCAGGAGAUAUCGGUUGCUUUGCCAUCUAUUUCCUGAACCUGCUCACCCUGAAGCCGGGGGAGGCCAUGUUUCUGGAGGCCAACGUGCCUCAUGCCUACUUGAAAGGAGACUGUGUGGAGUGCAUGGCGUGUUCGGACAACACAGUGCGUGCCGGCCUGACACCCAAGUUCAUUGAUGUGCCAACCCUAUGUGAAAUGCUCAACUAUACACCCAGUCCCAGCAAGGACAGGCUCUUCCCCCAAAAAAGGAGUCAAGAAGACCCUUACCUCUCCAUCUAUGACCCGCCUGUGCCAGACUUCACUGUUAUGAAGAUCGAGGUCCCUGGCUCUGUCACCGAAUAUAAGAUCUUGGUCCUAGACUCUGCCAGCAUCCUCCUGAUGGUACAGGGGACAGUCACAGCCAGCACACCCACAGCCCAGGCACCCAUCCCCCUCCAGCGUGGUGGGGUGCUCUUCAUUGGAGCCAACGAGAGUGUCUCACUGAAGCCUACUGUGCAUAAGGACCUGCUGAUGUUCCGAGCCUGCUGUCUGCUGUAGCAGCCAUAGCCACUGCAGUUGCCUUGAAUCGAGGUUAGCCUUGCCUCCUUACACCUGGCCCAAGCCCCCUUUCCUGCUCUGGACUCUUUA